ACUUCUUCAUCAAACAAAUCCCCAUUUCAAAUUCCGCGUUGGAAGUGUGAGCUUCUCAGUUUCUUCUGCAUGUUCGAUCACAUUCUCUCUUUAGUUUACUCACAAAGAAUCUGCAAUCUCUGGAUUUAAAGCUUCCUCUUUUGUGUUUUUGAAGAAGAUCAAACGAUUUGCCUCCUUGAGAGAUUGAAAUUUCAAAUCUAAAUCUGAUUUGCACUACUCUACUCAGAACCAUUUCUUCGAAAUUUCAAAUGGCUACCAAAUCGCAUUCUGUGUCUUCUGAUUUGAUUUCUAUCGAUGACGAUAACCUUGAAUGCCGGAGCAUUUCAGAGUUGGUUUCGAUUCUGCGGACGGCUUUCCGGGCAAGAGAUUUCGACAAAGUGGAGGCGGUUUUGGUUGCCAAGGAAGUAAAAAUGAGGAAAGAGAUCGAGAACAAGAACAAAGAGUAUGAAUUGCUCCAAAGCAAAUACGAGUUUCUAAGACUGGACAUUCUCACUCACGAAUCCAUGCUCGAGCAAGAUAAGGUUGAUCCUAAAGGAUUUGAGAAGUGGAAGGAAAUAUAUGAAGAGUUGAAGGAGAAGGAGAGUGAGAUUCAACAACUCAAGGAUUUGAUUUUCAAAGUAAAUGAGGAUAGAGAGAAGAAGAAAAGCGCUUUGGAGGGAUUUGAGAAAUUGCUGGAAACGGUCAAGAAAACACAGGAAGAUCAAAGGAUCACUAUAGAGAAGCUUAUCCACAAGAAUUCAGAAUUAGAAUGUGCAAUGGAGGUGGUUAAGAAAGUAAAGGAAGAUCAUGUGAAAACCAUAGAGGAGCUUAGAUGCAAGAACUUAAAAUUAGAAUGUUCACUAGAGGAGCUUAACUACAGGAAAUCAGAUUUGGAACGUACAGUAGAAGUGGUCAAGAAGACAGAGGAAGAUGAAAGGAAGUAUGUCGAGGAGCUUAAAUGCAAGAAUUCAAAAUUAGAAAUUGCGAAAAGAGAAGCUGAGCAUAACUACGAACUGUGUAGAAGGAAAUAUGAUGAACUCGGCCGCCGAGUCUCACAAUUGGAGAACAAAAACGACUCUAUAUCAGGAGGAGCUUGCGUUGGUGGUUCCAGAAAAUUGGUUGGUAUGCAAGCCGAGAAUCGAACAGGUACUGAAGGAUUCAUGGUGGAAAUCAUUAGUGAUGAUGAUCAUGCUCCAGUGAAGAAUUCAUCCAGAGCACGCAGAAAAGAAAAGAGAACGUGGGAUUUAUUACUAAACGAUUGUGAAGAUUACGAUCCCGAAAGAGAUGAUGAAAAGAUAUCCACCUUGCCCAGUGAAACUAAUGGCAAGGAGGCAUUGAAGAAAGUAGGGGCAAUGUAUGCAACACCUCCACAUGGUCGUCCUGACAAUCAUGUUUUGAAAAGGCAUAUUUCUACUCGUACUAAUGAUUCCAAGAACGUGAUGUCCUCUUCAAGGGCGGUUGCAGUCAUGUUGAGGGAAGAAUGUAAAUCACAUAAUUCCAUGUUCAAGUAUGCUUCAUUUGGUUUCAACUACUUUAAUGAGGACUGUUCCUUUUUCUCGGAUUCUGAUUGUGAGAUUCAAAAUAGAUACGACUCAACUCAUCUUAAGUCAAAGGGCCAAGGGAAGAGGAGUAAUAAAAAAUGGGGGUCGGAGGCUGAAAUGCGUGCUGCAUUUGAUGAAAAUGAUAUGCUUUGCAUGGAAGCUGUUUGUAUCCUCUACAGACAAUCAAGUUUAGUGGGAAAGCCUCGUAGUGCAUAUUUGCCUUCCAGACAUAGAGGAUUUCAUGAGGUUGAUUUGCUCAGGGGUUCAACAUUGGCAUUGUUUCUAACCGGCGGAGAUUCACAAGGGAAGCUAAAGAGAUCUGUGAUGGAGUUGGAGAAAUUCGACAUAUGUGGUCUUAUCGACUGCAGAAGAAUCUCCAUCGAGCAUUUGGAGCAGUUAUUUGAAAUCUAUAAGAACAGUGAAGAUCAAUUCCUAUUCCAGUAAAAAGGGAGCAGCUUGAUGCAAGGUUAAAUCUUAUGCUCAAAUCUACUUGUUUAUCCCUUUAUUGUAGAUAAUUAGAUGUCUGCUGCUGACUUAUAUACAUAUAUAUAGAGAGAGAGAGACAUCAAUAGGGAACAUUGCAAUUGUUAUAUCAUAUAGUUAGGAUCAAUUCUAUUACUACCAAAUCAGUUUGUUAGAACUUAGAAACUGCAUCAACUUUGUUUCAAUAUUACUACUGCUGAGGAGAGAAACC